GGCGGCGACGACGACCCCGCGACGUCGACGUCGGCUGGCUGGCGGCGGCGGCGGCGGCAGCAGCGGCGGAAACGACGCGUCGGUGGCGACACCAGCGGUGGCCGCAGCAGAUGAACGGCGGCGGUGUGCGGCGGCCGCACACGGUUCGGCCCGAUACAGUCGUGGAGGGAGUGCGAAAUCACGCUGACGCUGUGAGUGGCGCGCAUCACGUCGUCGUGCUUGAAGCGCUUGAACGUGCCGAUCGAACGUGUCAUCGAGGACGCGAGUGAACGCGCGCCGGGUGAGGAAAAAGAAGAAAAGUUAUCCUCCUGAGGGGAGGAGGUGUAAGAAAGUUGCCGAAGGUCCUCCGAAGGGGGUAGAAAAAGAACCGGCAGAGCGAGAGAAACUUGGUGGGUAAGCGCGAAAAAGGAAAACAAACGACGCGGGGGGGGAGGGAGGAGAAAAAAGUCGCGGAUGCGGAGGAACGACGUGAGGAACAAAGUGUGGCUCGAGAGGGAAAGAAAAACGAUGUGAGGAAGAAGUGCGAAGGGAUAUUUGAGUGAUACCGCGGAAAGCGCGUGGGCAAAGGAUACCGCCAAAGCGGAUCGGCGAUGUGAUAUUGCGACAAAGAAUUGCCGCGCGGUGAAACCACGCGCGACCGCUUCGAUUUCCGCGAUCGCGAUCCAGCACCACCAUCAUCGUUAUCCGGUCUGAGGUCUCCGAGGAGAUCUUUCGCGAGUCCAGCGGUCCAGUGCAGUCUUGUUUAAUCCCGUGUGUCGCUUGCGCGUUGUACGUGACGCGUCGCGGAACCCGUUGAUCUCGGCGAUCGGAAAUCGCUCGCCCGCGACUCGUUCCGACCACGACCGAGAUCUCUUUCUCGUUUCCCGUCUUGAGAAAAAGGUGAAAAUGCGCGGUUAUCGCGCACGCGAUAGCCGGCAGACGUGCCGUCCGGGCUCCGGACUGGACUGAAGCUCUUCGAAGGGGUAAAAGGGGGCAAUCCGCCGUCAGUUGGAUCAGUGUGCGUUCAGACAGUGCGGGUGGAUGUACGACGACGACGACGACAACAACGACGUUGUUCCCUGGUGAUCGGUGUUGCUAUGAUCGUGCCGCGUUGGUCCCGUCACGUGGAACGAUCAUGAUUUACUUUAGGCCACACGACGGUAGGAGUCUACGGUACAACGCGAACGCGAGACACUUGAACGUGCUCGUCGUGCCGCUCUUUCCGCUCUGGAUUAUCGGCGCGUUCUGCGUGAAGGACAUACCCAUAUCACACAUCGUGGCACUGGUCGGAGAUUCCACCUAUCUUCCCUGCGACAUAUCAACCACUCACGAGGGGGACUCCGUGCAUCUUGUGCUCUGGUAUCGCGAGGAUCUCGGUACAUCAGUUUACAGUAUCGACGCCAGGAACCGGGAGUUCGGUGUCGCCGAAAGAUGGUCGGACGACAGCGUAUUCUCGCAUCGCGCCUAUUUCAUGCUGGACAAGCAACCGGCGCAGCUGGGCGUCGAGAAUACGAGGGAAGAGGACGCCGGUAUCUACAGGUGUCGCGUCGAUUUCCAAAUCGGUCAGACGAGAAACUCCAAAGUCAAUUUAACUGUAAUCGUGCCGCCGCGCAAGAUUACGAUCCUCGACGAGAACGAGAACGGACGCAGCAAGAUGGUCGGGCCGUAUGUGGAGGGCGACAAUCUGCGGCUCUUCUGCGACGUUCGUGGCGGUAAACCGGCGCCGAUGGUGUCCUGGUAUCGCAACAACAAAUUCGUCACCAAUCAGACCACGACGCCCAGCAGCGGCGUGACGCGCAGCGAGAUCGUCAUAGAGAAUCUGAACCGAGACGACGUCCACUCGGUGCUGACCUGCAACGCCACGAAUAACAAUAGGUCGAUUCCGCUGUCGUCGUCGGUCAACGUGGACAUGAAUUUCAGCCCGUUGGAGGUGAAAAUAAUUGACGGAAACCGACCGCUGUCGGCGGGCAAGAAGUAUGACUUGGUCUGCACAACCUCCGGUUCCAGACCACCGGCCGGCGUCACCUGGUGGAGGAAUGGUCAGCGCUUGGUAGAUUCCAAGGAGACCACCUCCGUCGAUGGGAACACGACCACCAGCGUUUUAUCUUUCAUGGCGACGAAAGCAGACGCGGGCAGACACUUGUCGUGUCAAGCUGAAAAUCGAAUCAUGGGAACCGCGCCGAUAGAGGACGGCUGGGUACUCCAGAUACAAUACACACCGGAGACGCAGAUCCAGCUCGGCACGUCGCUGAACCCGAACACCAUACGGGAGGGCACGGACGUCUACUUCGACUGUCUCAUACAGGCCGAGCCGUCGGUGUACAAGGUGGAAUGGCGGCAUCAGGGCAAGACACUCCAUCACAACAUCACGCAGGGCAUCAUAAUCAGUAACCAGAGUCUGGUGCUGCAGGGAGUUGAUCGCAAAAGCGCCGGCAAUUACACGUGCGUAGGAUACAACACCGAGGGCGACGGCGAGAGCUCGCCCUUUUAUCUGAACGUGAUGUUCGCUCCUACGUGCAAGCCGAACCAGACUAAGGUCCACGGCGUGGCAAAACAGGAGAAGGCGAAUAUAUCCUGCCAAGUAGAUGCAAAUCCGCCGGAAGUGCAAUUCAAGUGGACCUUCAAUAACUCCGCCGAGAGUAUCGACGUUGCGGCCGGCCAUAUCGCACGGGCUGGCACAUCCUCCAUCGUCUCAUACACACCAAUGACGGAAUUAGAUUACGGCACGUUACUCUGCUGGGCCAGCAAUCACAUCGGGCAACAACAAGUGCCCUGUGUAUAUCACAUUAUACCUGCGGGCCGACCGGACAUGGUUCACAAUUGCACGACUUCGAACACGUCGACCAACUCGUUCUCUGUGCGGUGCACGGAGGGCUUCAACGGCGGGCUGCCGCAGUCCUUUCUGCUGGAGGUGCGCGAGAGCAACAGCCAGGAGUUGCGUGCCAAUCUGACGUCGCCGGUGCCGCGCUUCAGCGUCACUCAAUUGGACUCCGGCGCCCUUUAUCAAGCCUGCAUUUACGCCUACAACGACAAGGGCCGCAGCGAGGCGAUGGUGGUGCAGGCUGGCACUCUGCGGCUGCCGGAAAAACAACUGACGUCCGAGUCGGAACGACCAAGACAACAUGACAAUCUAACACCGAUGCUGAGCGUGACGAUCGGUGUUGUUCUAGCCCUUAUUAUCGUCGCCAUUAUAGUGAUGAUCAUCUUGCGAAUCCAGCAUACGCACGUGGAGGAACAGAAUAAGUCGCAGAUGGAGGAUCAUGCGAAGCAGACGAAGGCCGUCCCAAUACAAAGAGAGCUGCGAUUCCGAGAGGGAUGCAGUUUGCUCGCGGACGAGAAGCAUCCCAGCAGUCCGUUCAGAAAACUGGACACCAGCGGCGAUCUCAGCGAGAGUGACGAAAAGAAUCCUGAUAUUAUUCCACAGCAGAUCACUGGUGACGAGCCGUCAGAAUACUUGAGAAAAAGACGUCUGGUGUCAACGAUCGAGACGUCACCGUCGAGGAGUCUUCUCGAGCACUCGACGGUCACCUCCAUCAGCGGACACAGCAGUUAUGUUGGCUACUGCACGAUUCGCAACGGCAUGCCACUGCACGAGUUCUCCAACUUGUCAACAAAGCACAAAAGCUUUCAGCCGAUGGUGGGCGAUGUUUACGAGAGUGGCGUUUGCACCCUGCCCAGGCAACACUGGCCCAGCCAGAGCGUUCAAUCGAUGUCGAUGACAAUGAGUCCGCCAAUGUUGUACGCCGGUCUGGGCGUCGUCACCAGGACCUGUCCGAGCGGCACGUUGCUGACGAAGGACUGUGAGACACGAGUGCCUGGUCAAUGCUGUCCAGCAGUCCAGACGCAGAAGGACGCGACGAUAGGCACGCCAGUGGUGAUGGCCAAGAGGGAGAGCUCCGUGUGACCCUACACCCAUCACGGGGCCUGCACCUGCAGCGUGAGCGAGCUGCUGUGAAUCACGCCGUUGUUAGCUGCGAGACAGCCGCGGAUUCCGGACGACACAUGGCCAUCCAGGAAACGUUUAGGAGACAUCAAUAGAUCGUGCGAAGAUUAGAACGUCUUUUAAAAAAAGGCUAAGCGAAACUUUAAUGAAAGCUCCGAAAGACGUUUGGACAAUCGUUAUCUAGAUUUGAAAAUUAAGAUGUCUCCUUCAGACGAUUCGUAGCGGGAUGAUUCCUUUUACCAGAACUGGAACAUCCCUCUCCGACGCCUGCGUCGUCCGGGACGCUUUAAGCGCGCGAGCCGGUUUGAGUUCGACGGGUUUACGUUUUCACUCCACGACGUCACGAUUUGAAAAUCUCUGUUGAAUCAAGUGCCCUUUUUACACAGAAGAACGGCGAACACCCCGACCGGCUGCUCCGCUGGCUUCUCCCAUCUCGUGUGCGUAGCCUCGUGACCAGACCCCGGUAGAAACUUCACGACGGGCAGUCUCGGUAUGGUAGAAAGAGUGAGUUUACGAAAAUGUGCGUACGCGAGCUUGCGAGUUCGCCGCACAUACUCCUGUACAUACCUCGGAAGAGACACGGAAGAUAUUUUGUACGAGUCGCGUAUAUUAACGAUUUAUUCCCACUUUUACUAUGAACACAACACUGUACAAUUUGUCUAGUCGAUGUAAGUAUAAAUAUGUAUAUGCGUUAAAGUCGUCGGGGAGGCGCCAGACCAGAAUAACGUACACUGAGGGGGAUUGAUCAUCGCCGUCGCGUCACGCCACGCGCGCGGCGUAAUUAUUUAUAACGUUGACAACGCGAAAUAGCAGGACUCUCGCGGGUACGGGAGAGAGAAACGGGGGCGGUGAAGUUGUCAGAGACAUAUCGUUUGUAUCUCCAUCCGCGGGAAUCGAGUGCGAGACGAGGCGUACGAAGGGCGCGGCGGAGUAAUGAGACGUAAGAGAGAGAAAGAAGAGGCGCAGGAAUAGAUAAAGAGGAAGAAAGAAAAAGAAUCCCCGCCGCGCUUUCGCCUCAGUCUGCAGGAUUCUGGAUUUCACCGUAAUAUUAAGUAUCUCUUGUACAAUGUAUAAAGUAACGACUUCUUUCGAAGUAAAUGUACCGAGUAUGAUGAACGUUGUUUUUUCAAAGUCUUGAAUCUUACUCUAUAUAAAGAGAGGACGCCCCCGAUUUACGCCCUAAAAAAAGUGUGGUACAGUAAUCGCGAUAGCACUUCUUUUAACUCACUGCCUGUUUCGACGCUUGUGAAUCUUGUUGGUAACUUCGUUUGGUAGAGGUUUCUUGGCCUCUCUGUAUCAUAUAGCUUUAAAAUGAAAAAAAAAGAAAAAGAAGAGAAACGAAGAUUCGUCGAAGGGCGCCUCGUCAUAUCCUCCGUACGAUACAGGGAUAAUCUCGUCGUUGAUUAGAGCGGCUCGACUCGCGUCUCCCGGCCAUUAGGUCGCUAAUCCGCGAAAGGUAAGAUAAAAAUUAACCAUGUAGCCUUCCGCUUGAGCAAUCAAUUAUUGGGUGCUACAUUCCAACUGUAUUACGUGAGACACCGCGCAUCAGAAAUUUCUCUUUUUCGCGCGCGAAAUAACAUGGCGUGUUUUGCUUCGAUCUGUAUAGAUUGAUUUUUCGUGUAUAGGAUUUACGCUCCGACGAUUCGCGACUGCAAAGACUCACUUAAAGGCCAGAAUUUCAUAUAGUGAGAGAGAGAGAUGUGUCUUUCGAUGUUCAAGACUAAUUGUUCCAGAAUUCGACAAUGUAUUCAUAAUUAAUCUACCGAUGAAAUAAUUGUGUAUUUUCUUUGUUUUUUUAAUUCAAUGUUCUGAAACAGUAAUAUCGGUUUAUUUGAAAAAACGGAAACGGAAGUUUGAGACACAGCUCUUUCAAGCGCGUUUAGAAAGCACAAAAGUUAAUUUUUUUUUGUUCCUUUUACAUUUUCAAUUAUUGAGCGUUAAAUUAUUUUCUGUCAUUCUCUAUAAAUGAAUUUCAUCUUUUGAAUAGAGUCGCGAUUUCCGUUGCUUUCAACGCGGCAAUGUCGGCAAAGCUAAAAGUUUGAAACAGCACAGUAUUUGUCUACUAGAUCGGAACUCCGUGCAAAUUGACCAUAAAGGGAAUGUAGGUUGUGACUGUUUGCAGUUGCGUUGUCGUCGUCGUCGUCGCAAUCUGUUAUAUGUGUUUGCAAAUGAAUAUGCAGAAGAGCCGAUCCUACACACGAACGAAACGCGCGCGCGCUUGUUUCGUUUUCCGUUCGCCGAAGGGAACGAUGGAUGGGCGAUUAUCGGGGAUACUUAGCGAAUUAUUCGAUGUGUAAGGAACGUAGAAAACGGCCGCCGAACCGAAGGUUUUACGAGCCGUAAAAAAACUAUCACGAGAAUUUCUAGGGCGAACACACACGUUGUUUCCUCGAUCGCUUAGACGUUACGUUAACACGUCGCGCUCCCGUGAAGAUCUAUUAACAUUAAAAAAAAAAA